CCUUCCUGCUUCUCCCCUGUCCUUUACUAUAGGUGUGGCAGAGAAGACACAGCUGCUAAAAUUGAGUGUACCUGCUACCUUUAUGCUUGUGUCUUUAGAUGAAGGUCCAGGUCCUCCAAUCAAGUAUCAGUAUGCUGAAUUAGGCAAAUUAUACUCAGUAGUGUCACAGCUAAUCCGUUGUUGCAAUGUCUCAUCAAGAAUGCAAUCUUCAAUAAAUGGUAACCCUCCUCUUCCCAAUCCUUUUGGUGACCCUAAUCUAUCACAACCUAUAAUGCCAAUUCAGCAGAAUGUGAUAGACAUUUUAUUUGUGAGAACAAGUUACGUGAAGAAAAUCAUUGAAGACUGUAGUAACUCAGAUGAAACCGUCAAAUUGCUUCGAUUUUGCUGCUGGGAGAAUCCUCAGUUUUCAUCUACUGUGCUCAGUGAACUUCUUUGGCAGGUUGCAUAUUCAUACACUUAUGAACUACGGCCCUAUUUGGAUCUGCUUUUACAAAUCUUACUGAUUGAAGACUCCUGGCAGACUCACAG